AUGGCCUUUGAGUGCGCGCAGACGGCGGGCGCUGGCGCCCCACGCAGCCUGGAGCAAAUCAACCGUACCCGCUUCCCCUUCUUCUCCGACGUCAAGGGCGACCACCGGCUGGUGCUGAGCGUGGUGGAGACGAUCGUGCUGUCGCUGAUCUUCGCGGUGUCGCUGGUGGGCAACGUGUGCGCGCUGGUGCUGGUGGCCCGCCGACGGCGCCGCGGAGCCACCGCUUGCCUGGUGCUCAACCUUUUCUGCGCGGACCUGCUCUUCGCUGUCGCCAUCCCGCCGGUGCUGGCCGUGCGCUGGACAGAGGCCUGGCUGCUGGGCCGCGCCGCCUGCCACCUGCUCUUCUACGUGAUGAGCCUGAGCGGCAGCGUCACCAUCCUCACGCUGGCCGCUGUCAGUCUGGAGCGCGUGGUGUGCAUCGUGCGCCUGCAGCACGGCGUGCGGGGCCCGGGGCGGCGGGCGCGGGCUGCGCUGCUGGCCUUCAUCUGGGGCUACUCGGCGCUCGCCGCGCUGCCCCUCUUCGUCUUCUUCCAGGUGGUCCAGCAGCGCCUCCCCGGCGCCGACCAGGAGAUGCCAAUUUGCACCCUGGUUUGGCCCAGUGUUGCUGGAGAAAUCUCCUGGGAUGUGUCUUUUGUCACCUUGAACUUCUUGGUGCCAGGACUGGUCAUUGUGAUCAGCUACUCCAAGAUUUUACAGAUCACCAAGGCAUCCAGGAAGAGACUGACGGUGAGCCUGGCAUACUCGGAGAGCCACCAGAUCCGCGUGUCGCAGCAGGACUUCCGGCUCUUCCGCACACUCUUCCUGCUCAUGGUCUCCUUCUUCAUCAUGUGGAGCCCCAUCAUCAUCACCAUCCUGCUCAUCUUGAUCCAGAACUUCCAGCAGGACCUGGUCAUCUGGCCGUCUCUCUUCUUCUGGGUGGUAGCCUUCACCUUCGCCAACUCGGCCCUAAACCCCAUUCUCUACAACAUGUCCCUGUUCCGGAACGAAUGGAGGAAAACCUGCUGCUGCUUCUUGUUCCCAGAAAAGGGAGCCAUUUUUACAGACACGUCUGCCAGGAAAAAUGACUUGUCUGUUAUUUCCAGCUAACCGGCUUUGCCCUGGAGGCAGAGUGUCUCACUCUCUGGCCAGCCGUUGGAUGCUUAAGGGAGUGAACUGCCAGGACCACCUGCCAGACACCUGGCUUUAGGAAAGUGUCGUCUAUGCAAACAUGCAUCUGGCUAAUUAAGGGAUGAUCCGUACAAUAUUUUUCCUUUAUAAAAGGAUGUAUUGUGGGUUCCUAUUCCACAGAAGCUUUUUCAGCGUGUUUGUAAUAUGAUUUAAGGUAACUGACCUUUAUUUAUAACUGAUCAGCAAUCCCAUCUCCUGCCUAUGAAGCUACACCUGACUGCUGUCUGAAGUGAGUCUUGGAGCUGACUCGGGAUUCUGAUUUCUCCUGUUGAAGGUCAUGACUGCUCAGGUCUCCGUCUUGAAUUUACAAGGCCUCGGGACCAUUUAUUAGUGUCAAGAGCACCUGAGGAAUUUCCAGGGAUUAAUUAAAGCUGACUUUUUUUUUCUCAUUUACACAAAAUGUCAUGAACUUGUUUAGGAAAAGCAGUGUCAUGAAAUUCAAGAGAAGUGGGAAUGUUCCAGAACGUCUGUGAGAGAGAACAGCAGUGAGUUCCUUUCUUAUCCCAGUCCCCUCAGGGGCUCCGUAAGCUACAGCUGGACAGCAUUCCUGGUGCCAGAAAUGCAGCAUGGACCAGGCAGCCACAGCUCCUGCCCCCAGCUUACCUUCUGGGCAAGGAGAAAAACCCCAAACCAAAGUCAAUAAAUAAUACAGCGCCGCAGAGCUAAAGAGCAUCAGGAAGAAGUUCAGACUGGGUGCUGUGGGCGAUGGUCAUUUAGCUGGAGAGCAGGACCCAGGAAGACCUUCCUGAGGAGUGUCAUGUGGGUCCAAGGUGAGGCCUAGAGCCAGCUGGGGACUAGCAGAGGGCAAGAUUCUGGCACAGAGCAGCUGGCAUGCUUGUACAAGGGACAGAAGGAAGUGCUGUGACCCAAGCCAAGCAAGCCACUGCUGGAGCCUCCUCCACACCAGACAGCAUCCACGAUGCUGGGACAGAGCCAGGGAGCAACUGGAGCCCGUCAGUGCACGCCAGGGCAGUCACACACCUGGAUCGGGGGGCCGGGAUACCACCAGAGGGACUUUAUCCCAUGAUCCAUGGCGCUGAUGGCCACGACCUGACAAUGGUGUUUAGGUGUUACUCUGGCUGCUGCGAGGGAAAUCGACUCUGAGCAGCUGCUGAGGGAGGAGGUGAUGGGAUCUUGGAGGCGGGUGGCAUCACAGGAGGCGUGGCAGGAAGUGGUCUUAGGGUCUGUUUGGGGAAUGUACAGCAAAGAUGAUUGAUUGAUGGAAACGGGUGCAGCAUGUGAGGGAAAGAGAAGAUUCUAGGGUGACCGCAGAUCUUCAACUGCUGGAUGACACAGUAGACAACAAAAAAUAGGGAGGCUGGGAGCGCCAGAUUUCAUCUGGAGCACACAACUCUGAAAUCUGAUGGAAGGGCCCAGUAGGACAGGUGCACGCAGGGAUGGGGACUUGGGCCUGGAGCGACAAUCAUUGUCCCCAUUAUGGUCUAGUGAGACCUCCCCAGGAGAGACAGGGAGAGGCAGUUCAGAGCCAGAGGCUGAGCCACAGACAGGUCGACGCUUGGAGGUGGGACCACUGGCUGGAACACACAGGGCCCGGCAUGCAGCAGGUGCUCAACAAAUCUUCAUUGCAGAGGGACAAGUCGCAGCCUUUGCCAUGGCUCAUGGAGUUUCUGGAGCAGCUGCCUUGUGAAGUAAGAUGGAUGGUGAUCACGGACUCAAGGACAAAAGGCCACGGGUCCUUUGUUCAUCUUAA